AUAUGUGUUUGUUUGCUAACAACUAGGUACUAAUUUUUGAUGGCAUACCUACUAUAAAUAUUGGUAUCUUUUUUAUCUUGACCAGUUAGAUUCAGAAGUACGGAAUUAUUGUGUCUAUUCGAUAUAUCUUUCCCUUCAGUAUCAAUAAGUCCCGUGAAAGUGAAUUGAAAGUUACAAAAAUUAUUUGUGCUGUGAUUUAAUUGAAAUUGAUUCAGUUCCAUGCCAGCUUCAGAGAGAAAUCAUAAAAAAACAUCAAUUUUAUUCAGAAAUAUGUUUUUGAACUGAAAUAAUUCACUGGCAUCUUUCUUCAAGUUAUUAAAAUACUUGUUUCAAUAUACCUAAGAACAGUAACGAGUUUAUCGUUUAUAACCUACCUUUCUCGAUAUGAAAAAAGAAAAAAUCGAUUCUUACACGCUGUCUUCAGUAGUGGAUUAUAAUUCAAGAACCUCACUAGCAAAUAAUGACCAAAUCAAAGCGCAAGCCAAUGGAAGCGUUGAUAGUAUUACCAGUAUUACACAAAAAGAAUAUGAUCCUUACGAACAUAGAAAUGUAGAACAUCCAAAUACUUAUUUUGGCGCUGUGGUCCAUAUCAUCAAAGGUUCUUUGGGAACAGGCAUUUUGGCUACGCCUAGAGCUUUCAAAACAGCAGGCCUAGCUGUGGGUGGCGUGGGAACCAUACUGAUAGGAAUUUUAUGUACAUACAACAUUCGACUACUGGUUUCAGCGUCGCACAUAAUAUGUGUGAGGACAAAAACUCCGAGCCUCGACUUUGCAGAGAGCGUCGAAGCUAUUUUCCAAAACGGCCCUAAACCUGUUAGAAGAUGGUCUCGAUUUGCCAGAGUAUUCGUGGAAAUCGCUCUAUGCCUCACCUACUUCCUUGGAAUUGCAGUUAUAGCCGUAUUCAUUUCAGAGUCAUUGACGAAGCUGGUAUCGUUCUUUCACCCGCCCGCGGAAUCGUGGCACAACUACUUCAUGCUCGCGCUGUAUAUUUUGCUGGUGUUUCUUUGCCAGAUAAGAGAGCUGAAACAUAUGGUGCCGUUUUCGUUUAUAGCGAACGUCACGUUGGUCACGGCAUUCGUUAUCACCCUGUACUACAUGGCGGUGAAAAUCCAGGAGGUAGACAUCAGCGAAAGGCAUCUGGCGACGAGCAUCGGAAACAUUCCCUCUUAUUUCAGUACAGUGCUCUUUGCAAUGGAAGGUGUAGGAUCCAUAAUGCCGGUGGAGAAUACGAUGAUAGAAUCGAAAUUCCUUGGACGGAUGGGCGUCCUUAAUGUUGCUAUGGGGUUCGUGGUGACGUGCCACACUUUCAUAGGAUUUUGCGGAUACUUCGCCUUCGGCGAAGACACCCACGCGGCUAUCACGCAGAAUUUACCAUCGGAUAAAAUUCCUAGGAAUUUGGACUUAACCUGGAUGAGCUUCAAUAUAGAACCGAUAAGAUCAAGUAUAUACCAAGCAUUCUACUGUAGGAGAGGUUUGGCGGGUAUCAGUCCCGCCCAAAUCGCGCAGGCCUGCAUCUGCUCCUCGAUGUUCUUCACGUUCAUGUUGAACCACUACGUGCCCACCGACAUCCUAUGGCGGCACCUCAGGACGAGACUCGCCCCCCAGAAGCACAACGUUGCGCAGACCAUCCUCAGGACUUUGACGGUGACGUUUGCGAUGAGCGUCGCGGCGGCCGCCGGCCACAACCUAGACUCGCUCAUCGACCUCGUGGGGGCCGUCUUCUUCUCCAUACUGGGCCUCCUCGUGCCCGGCGUUGUCGAUAUCCUCAUCAACUGGAAUGACUGGGGCUUCUGCUCCUGGAAGCUCUACAAGAAUAUACUGAUGAUUUUAAUUUCGUUGUUCGCUUUGGUUUCAGGCAGUUUUUAUGCUAUUCGAAGUUUCGCAAAAUAAAAUUGUAUUUUCAGGAA